CUGAUUUCUACAGAUACAUUGAUUCAUCUAUCAAACAUCUACAUCUACAUCUAUCGAUAUCUAAGGUGAUGCACAUACCCUCAGCUCUUCUUCACAUGCGGAGAGGCUGGCCAGCUUCAGCCACCGUCUGUCCAUCACAUCCCCAUCGGCUGAUUUUAGCAUCCUGUCUAGCCGCCCGAUUUCCAUGGCAACAUCUUCCACGGGUCGAUUCGGACCCUCUUGGCGCGGGUGUCCAGCGAUCGACGCGCCGAUUAUCCAUGGUUCUUGUGAUGGAGAUAGGAUAAAAUACACGAUACAGGAUAAGGGAUUGGGAUGGAAUACGAUGUGUAGAAGAAAAUGGGGAAGAAUUGAGAUGGAAUUCAUACAUCUUUCUCCGACGUGCUGUCGUGGUCUUCCUUCAUUGGCAAGGUCUCCAAGACGCAGCAAUCAUCCUGAUACACUCCGGUCUCCCCGUGCGACUCCACUCGUCUGGAUUCACUCUCUCCGCCAGCCACGGCGGAUUCCCAGCCCUCUUUUUGCCACUCAGCUGGAGUCUAGAUGUGAUCGGCCAGUCAUGGUCACAUCACAGGCGCUCAGAGGCUGCACGCUCGGUACUUUUCUCGCUCCUAGCUUAGCGACCCUGGUUGCUAUGGAGCUGGUCUCCAUCGCAGCUCAGAAAUCAGGUUGCCUAUCGAUCGGCCGGGGUGGAGAGAGCUUCUCCCCCAUCGCCGAGGUUCAGAUAUGGAGUUUGGAGUCGAAUUCACCAUUUUCGCGUCUUUGCCUCGUACUACGUGCGCAUGGAGUAGCCAUUGACCUUGCGCUUCGUGGCCCUUGCUCUGUGGUCAUAGAUUAAUUGAUAUUAAAUAUAGUAUGGGGCUGUCAGACUGGUAUCAAUCAAAAUCCCCCAAUGAUCUGACUCUUCUUUUCUACCCCCUCCCACAAACACCAAUCGUUCUCUCAGCUUUGAACAGAAUAAAUCACAAUCAAAUAUAUAUAAAAAAAUAAAAAAUAAAAAAAAAAA